AAGUCGGGCUGAGGGCGAGUGAGAAGCGGUGGGGGCCGGUCUCCGUCCCGCUCUGGGCGGCCGCGCCUUCCGUGUCGGGGCUCCCGCGUCCACACGUUACCUUAGGCGCGGAAGAGCUCCGCUGCUGCUGGCUGCCCCCCGAGGCAGGCUGAGGCCUGUCUGUUGCCUUCCUGGGCCUGGCCCCUGUGGGUCCCCCUCCUCAGGCCUCUGGAGGGGCGUCUGCUCGUUUCCAAGCGGAGACUGAAGACAUUCGCGAAGGGCUCGAGUCGUUCGUCGGGGGGCGAAGCAAACAGAGCCGGGCUGAAGCGGGAACUUGGAGGCCUCUCACCCUGGGGAUCGAUUUAGCAUUUGGGACAAAUCAAGUCUGAAACCUUUCCAUAACCACCCUUGGCAUGUAUUUGAAAGCUCUUCUUCAUAAAGCUGCCUGAUUUUGGCUGCCAGCCCAAAGGGUUGCCAAAAAAUGCCAGACCGCGACAACACCUAUAACGGUAGUGGCAGUGAUGAGGCAAGCGGCAACUCUGAUGACAUCUGCCGAGAUUUUUUGCGCAAUGUCUGCAAGCGGGGCAAGCGCUGCCGUUUCCGCCACCCUGACAUCAACGAGGUGACCAACCUGGGAGUUAGCAAGAAUGAGUUCAUUUUCUGCCAUGACUUUCAGAACAAAGAGUGCGUCCGCAUCAACUGCCGCUUCAUUCAUGGCACCAAGGAAGACGAGGACUGCUAUAAGAAGACGGGAGAGCUCCCCCCACGCCUCCGCCAGAAAGUGGCGGCUGGGCUGGGUCUUUCCCCGGCUGACCUUCCCAACAGCAAGGAGGAGGUACCCAUUUGCAGGGAUUUCCUGAAGGGGGAUUGCCAGCGUGGAGCCAAAUGCAAAUUCCAGCACCUGCAGCGGGAUUAUGAGUAUGAUGCCCGGGGGCUGACUACUCGGGAGCAGGGCAUCACCACGCCUGUGCGGCGAUAUGACCCGUAUGAUCCCAUGUACGAUUCCGACCGAUGCUAUGACGACCACGAUCCCGUGCUCAAAAGACGGCGGGUAGAUGGACUUCAUUUUGAGACUUACGAGUACAACUUCACCAGCCCGCGCACAGUGGAAUACCGGCUGCUAGAAGAGGAGAACCUCAUGCUCCGUAAGCGUGUAGAAGACCUCAAGAAGCAGGUCAACAACCUCCUGGCCACCAACGAAGUCCUCUUGGAACAGAACGCCCAGUUCCGCAACCAGGCCAAAGUGAUGACGCUCAGCUCCACGGCCACAGCCACGGAACAGACUCUGGCGCCCACCGUGGGCACAGUCACCAACUACAAUCACAGCAUUGCUCAGACCCACACCACCCUGAGCAGCCAAGCGCUACAGCCGCGGCCUGUUUCUCAGCAGGAUCUGGUGGCUCCCGCUGGCGCACAGGCAGCACCGCCCAGCAAUGCAGCACCUCCUAUGAACCCUGAAAUCACCCCGUUAUCAGCCGCUCUGGCUCAGACCAUUGCCCAGGGGAUGGCUCCCCCCGUCUCCAUGGCGCCUGUGGCCGUGUCAGUGGCGCCUGUGGCCGUGUCAAUGGCUCAGCCGCUGGGGGCCAUAACUAUGAGCCAUGCCACUACACCAAUGGUGACGUACCCCAUAGCCUCACAGAGCAUGAGGAUAACAGCCAUGCCUCACUAGUCCCCAUCCGGAGGGAAGUGACCUCAUUCAACAUAUGUUGCCCCCUAGGUUGGGAUGGGGGGAAGCGCUGUUAGGAUCCAUUUCUAUCCUACUGAAGGUGCACCAUGCAAGAGAAAGAAGCUAACUUCAGGUGUGGAUCUGAAAUCCACUGGAAUUGUCAUCUCUACACAGGGGGGGAAGGAGGCUAACUUGGGCAGACAUUGUCUCUGGCAGGCACAUGAGGCAUUCCCCCCCCCCUCCCACACACACACAAAUGCAUGGUGGCCAGGCUCAGGGAUAACUGGAUUAACAAAGCAAUUUAGAGAGUGUCGUAAUCUCAUAGCCUUUGUGUCUACCUUGUAUCCAUUUUGCCGUUCUUCCAUUUUUAUGAAAUCACCAACCGGUCCCUUUCUGAGUUUAGUUCCUCACUGAUGGAAGCGUUGCAUUCUCACCCAAGUAUGCACACGCAGUCCAUCCCGCGCUGGCCUAGAGAGUUAAUGCAGUUAGGCUUCCUUGGAACAGAGAGGGGCUUUCCCUUGCUCAGUCAGCUGAAGAGGGGAAAGGAGGCUUGAUAAAGCUACUCCUUCUGCAGAGAGCAGAGACUAAGGCAGUGUGUGUGUCACAGGUCCUUGAACAGCUUCAUGUUGGUACGGCUUCUGGGUAUAAUUUACUUGAGCUCUGUUGAUGACGGAGAAAUUAGAACUGGCAACGGAAGAUAGAAGCACAUCCAGCCGUUUCUUCUGGCUUGAUUAGGCGUUGCGUGUGGGAAUUGAAAUCAUGACUCUGGAAAAGAAUGGGUGGAAUAUGUUAACCCUUACUGAGCUAAGCCGGGUAGAGAUGGUUGUCGGUACAGUAGAGAUGAUUUGUGUUGUAUUGGUUUCUAGGUAGCCCAAGAGUUCAGAAUGCAGCAGCAAGAUAUCUUGAGGCUGUGCCAAGGAAGAGCAGCUUUAUUUCCCAUUGACACCCGCAGGGUACUCUGUGCCUUGCAAGCCCCAAAUAGUCGGCCCGUCUCUUGGGCUUCCCACUGAGGUUUGCCGCUUUCUGCCUAUACUUCCAUGUAUGAAUUGCUCUCAUAUAUGGGGACUCGGUUGCCUUUUUCAGUAGGGGCUUCACAUCUGUAUAUCACUCCCUGCUCUGUCAUGAGACUUUUUUUUUUAAAGAUGGUUCUGUCAGUUUUGUGCUUUUCGUUUUUUGGUGUGAAUUUCAAGCUCACCUUUGGGUCUAAAAGUAGCUUUCGCAUCUUCCACUUCUACUGGGAUUGGUUUUUAUGAAGACGUUUUAAAGAAAAAUGCUUUAUGGCCCAACUGUUUCUAGAGUUCAGUGUAAAUGUUUUCAGCUAUUAAAGCAAAUGUACAGUCCUCACUGAUACGACCAGUGGUGAUAUAAUUGUUCAAAGUAUGUGUGCGUAUGUGUAUAUAUAUAUAUAUAUAAAAAUGUAUAUAUUUUUAAAAGGUUAUUUUUCCCUCUCAUCACUUAA